CCAAAGUGUGUGAAAAUGUUCAAGUUAUCGCUGAAAAAGUACUCUGCGUUCCUUAUUGUUCAAUUCAGCCUGCUGCUCUUCGAUUUGUCGGUUAAUACCUUCUCUUUCCUGGCCAAAUCUCAUCUCAUCUCCAUCUACAUCGCCCAGGACAUCGGUCUGGUGAUCUCCUUCCUAGCCCUCAUAUACAGCCUCUGUUCCACGUAUGUCUACCAAGCAGGACUCAGUGAACUUCUCUACACUAAGUUCAGGAGUGUCUUUGGCGUUCUCAUCAUCUACUUCCUGCUCUGCAUCCUCGCCCAAGUUACUUUCUACACUCUUCCCUGGCCCAAGACCAUCACGGCUCUCUGCAUAAUCCAGCGCCUCUUUUCUCCUUUCUACUACUACUCCUGCAAGAGAGCCUCCCUCCGGAUGAGCGAUCCUCGCUUCUAUGAGAAUCUCGAUUGGAUCUCCGAGCAGAUGGCCAUUAAGUAGAAAUG